CCUUGUUACAACACACCGUCUAGUCCAUCCAUUAUUUUUAUGACCCGCGCACUACUUGUUGAGAGCGCGUGCGCGCGCACCACUUGAUGAGAGCGCGUGCGUGCCCUAGAGACGCCUCCCCUGAGCCACACUUACCCAAUCGGUACUGUCAACAACAACAUUCAGGAGCCGGCAGUACAACAAUCUUUCAAGCGGACACCACCUAGAGCAUGGUGAAAAGUACACAGCAGUAGUUGUGCUAAAAGAGUAAUCGGAAGGCUCCUGCACAUGAAGUAGAUCCUUACUUCCUCCACCUAGUUUUACACGCACACCCAAAUAAAGUCUCCCAGUUGUAGUCUCCCUGUAGAUACAUAGAUACAAAGAACAAUGGUGGAUCUCAUUUGUGGGUGCCUCUCACGUGUCUACCGAUGUCUCCUCGGAACCGACGAGUACAGCAGCAAUGCUGUUGGUUAAGGCCUUUAUUCUCUAGAGGAUUAGAAUCCAAUUCUUGGAUGGUACCAGUAAAAACAGAAUCAUCAUGGCUUCCUAGGUAGUAGUGGCACAACUCCUUAUUUUAGAGCAAGCUGUAGGACAAGUGGAAAUGGUCGUGAUCGUGAAAAAUCGGAUGAAGAAUAGUGGUAGAAGUACUAGAUGUGCUUCCUUCUGCAUUUCCAUGACCGAAGAGUUGUUCUUCUAAUCAAAAGAGCCAAUUGGUGCCUCCAUGGAGUAUGAGUUGCCAUCUGUCCCAUCAGGGCAGGACCUCAGGAUGUUGGGGAAGAUAGGGUCCAGAAUAAGCGCUACAGAGACAGGAAUUAGUGGAAGGGGGACUGUGUACCUCUAUCUAUGUAUCAUUCAUGACAUGAUUGACAAGACAUAAACAUGUUGAUCAUGUUCUUUUUGCUAUUCUAGAGGACGUCACGACGAGAGUCAACACGACCGACCUUGUUGCCCUUGGCAUAUUAAAAGAUGCAAAGCUCUCAAGAAGUACAAAAAUAGUACAUGAUACUAUCAGAUAGAAGUACUUUUUGUUCUUGACGGUUUUUAUUUUUCACGUGUGCGUGGAUCUCAUCUUCUUCCACCUCUUCUACCCAAAAAUGACAGAUACGGCAAGCACAGAAUAGAGCAAGACAAGCUGUAUUUCGAGGUAGAGGUUUUGAGCCCUGCGGCGCUUUACAUCGGUUUAACGAAUACAGUGAAACAAGAAACCGCUGCAGUAGUUCUAGCACAAAGUCUGGAUGAAUCUCCAUCGGCUAGUCUAGCCGGUGACGGAGACGGACAAGGAGGUGGAGGCAGCUCGGGGUCGAAUGCUAGUCUCGAUAUACUCGGACCCGCGGGUUCAUCCUCAUUAUGUUCUUGUCAUUUCAGCUCUACUAGCUACAGUCCUCAGAUCGUUCACAGCUCUCAGUGUCGUUCGCAGUAGUUGAAGAAUGACGUUGAUGGCUACGCAUGAUUAUAGUUAGAAGCCCUCAUGCAUUGCCUUUCUUGCCAUUUAUUCGGAUUACGCGAAUUUUCGAUGGCUACUUUUAGACCCGUCCUCUUGCUACAGUCCUCAGAUUCACAGCUCCUACUGUUCCUGUUGCACUUGUACCAUCCCUCUAAACCGAGCACAAGACGCCGAUGCCGAGAUAAUAGAACCGGUCGAGGAUGAUAUAAUAGACCCUCUAGAAUUGCUUGAAGGACACGGUUGCCACCUACCGAACACCGACGUAGGCGAUGUCAUCUCAUGCACUUAUGGCUUGUUUGAGCUAGAUAGUUGUAUGGAAGAUCCUAUAGCAGUAUGACGAGCUACAACUCUGUGAGCUUGAGCUAGUAUAACAGCUACAACAUCAACAGCAUGAAGAACGUCUUCAGGCUAGUUGUCAACGAAAAGACACACCGAAUCGAACACAACGAAUCGACUGAAAGUCUCUUGUUCUUACUCUAAUGCCUCUACGAUCAGGCAAACUAUCCGACUUUUAGCGUGUACGUUAAUAGCGCAUUAGUGGAAAGCGUCACAGGUACUUUUUCUGAUUUAAUUUGGACGAUACGUUCCAUUCCUACAACUUUCGGAACGCUCCAUUCCUACAACCAAUCCUUCUACAUCUUACAUUUCUUCAUUUCAUUCUAACCAGGUAUGAAAGGUCAACUCUUGCCCUUCGUGACGCUUUUAGAGGGUGGCGAAAUUAUCUGGCGAUUCCACAGGCCGAAAGCAAAGGAUACCAAUCCGGACUUCGAUGCCUUUGAGACAUUCAUGUCUGCAAGAAGCGUGAUAUGAUGUAGUUGUUCUUGAAAGAAUACGGAAGAGGAUGAACGGUCAAGAAGCUGUGCUUGUGUGUUGACUUGUGUCACCAGAAACUACCAGAAGAACACCAUAAAAUGUAAGAGCGGUCGCUAGAAGAUAGAUACGGCAGAUUUGUCGUGCCGUUUGCUGUUGUAAAUGAAUACUUUGGAGGUGCUCACGACCGACGACCUGGUCGAAUCGGGAUACAACUACUGUACAACGCCUGCUUCUCUGAUUACUUCUAACGAACUGUGAUGAAUACUUUUACUUCUGGGUAGUCCCUUGUGCUAGAACUACUUCUACAAGAAUUGUUGCAGCGACUGCAAUCAUCAUAUAAAUAUUAUCUGCUGGU